CAGCCUCCAUGUCUCGUGGACACGGGCAGAGCGUCGCGGCGCCUUUCUAGAAGGCAGGAGUCCGGUGCCCUUCCCCGAACGCAGGGACCCCAGAUACCGCCUUGGCUUACAGUACCUUACUUUGUAGACCUGGUUUUAUGGUGAUGGAGUGUGCCACCAGAUCUGGUGUCACUUUCGCGGAUUAGGACCAAGCAUGCGAUGUGAGGGGCACAAGGUACACCGAGGAGUGAAUCAGUCUGCAUCUUGGGACUGGCUGGCAGCGGAGCCUCGGAGACCGGCUUCCCAACGCGGUAAACAGGUGCACGUUGGCUGCACCUCCACGGGCUCGGCCCCUGUCUCCGCUCCGGUUAGUGGGAGGAUGCUGGCAGUGACUCACUUUCCUCUCCCUCUCUGGAGGCUCUCUCCCGAAUGAAGAGCCAGUGAUAGGCUACUUCCUCUACGAGAGCCGGGUCCGGUGGGGCGGGAGAACAAAAGGCCACUGCUUGCGCAGGACCCUUGCGCCCUUGGUCUCCCCUCCCCCGCACCUGGCCCCAAACGUUGCGGCAAAACGCUUAUAAACUGGUCGGCUCCACGCGGGGAGGAAAACGCGCGGAGAUCUCUUGUAGCCCGUCUUCAUCUCUCCCAACCCCCGCGACAGCCCGGCUCCGGGUGCGGGGCUGCUCCGCACCCUCGCGAACGGCGCGCGGAUCCCGGUGCAUCGCCCGCCGCUGGGUUUCGGCCCAACUGUGCUCGCACUAGAGUCGAGUGCAUAUGGCGGCAAAAGGAAUUUCGCGGUAAGCGCGUCACGCCGCGAACUGCCUUUCACAAGCUGCCUCGGGCCGAGGAAGGUGGUGCUUACUCCAGCCCUUUGUGUCUCGCUCUGCGGCGUGGACCCGGGCUCUCACCAGCCUGUUCCAUCGGUAGGAAACACACUGGCUUGGGGAUCGCGUACUUGUCUCAGACCGAUAGACGGUGUGUACGACGGUGUGGAAGAGAGGAAAGGACCCACUGCUAGAAAACGGGGUCUCAGGCAUCUGUAUUUGCUGCUGUCUGCUACUAAAGAGCCUCAGAACGGAAGAAAUUUGGGUUGAUUUUUGACUGCGGACACCGAAUAUGAUGCAUUUCAAAAGUGGCCUCGAGCUAACGGAGCUGCAGAACAUGACGGUACCCGAAGAUGACAAUGUCAGCAACGACUCUAAUGACUUCACAGAAGUAGAAAACGGCCAGAUAAAUAGCAAGUUCAUCUCAGAUCGGGAGAGUAGGAGGAGUCUCACAAACAGCCAUCUGGAGAAAAGGAAAUGCGACGAGUAUAUUCCAGGAACAACCUCCCUGGGAAUGUCUGUCUUUAACCUGAGCAACGCCAUCAUGGGCAGUGGAAUCUUGGGCCUUGCCUUCGCCUUGGCCAACACCGGGAUCCUCCUCUUUCUGAUCCUUCUGACUUCGGUGACACUGCUGUCUAUAUAUUCAAUAAACCUACUAUUGAUCUGUUCCAAGGAAACCGGCUGCAUGGUGUAUGAGAAGCUGGGAGAACAAGUCUUCGGCACCACGGGGAAGCUGGUGAUCUUCGGAGCCACCUCUCUGCAGAACACUGGGGCGAUGCUGAGCUACCUCUUCAUAGUAAAAAACGAACUUCCUUCAGCCAUAAAAUCCCUCAUGGGAGAGGAGGAUGCGUUUUCAGCCUGGUACGUUGAUGGCCGCGUGUUGGUGGUGAUGGUGACCUUUGGCAUAAUCCUUCCGUUGUGUCUCUUGAAGAACCUGGGGUAUCUUGGCUACACGAGUGGGUUUUCCCUGAGCUGCAUGGUGUUUUUCCUGAUAGUGGUCAUCUACAAGAAAUUUCAGACUCCUUGCAUGAAUGUGGAGCAGAACUCGACAGUCAGUGCUAAUGUGACCGACGCGUGCACACCAAAGUAUGUCACCUUCAACUCAAAGACGGUGUAUGCUUUACCAACCAUCGCCUUCGCUUUUGUCUGCCACCCGUCCGUCCUGCCAAUCUACAGCGAGCUCAAAGACCGGUCACAGAAGAAGAUGCAGAUGGUUUCCAACAUCUCCUUCUUUGCUAUGUUUGUCAUGUACUUCCUGACGGCCAUCUUUGGGUACUUGACGUUUUAUGAAAAGGUGCAGUCAGAUCUCCUUCACAAGUACCAGAGCACAGGCGACAUUCUUAUCCUAACCGUGCGGCUGGCCGUCAUCGUGGCCGUCAUCCUCACCGUGCCUGUGCUGUUUUUCACGGUUCGAUCCUCGUUAUUUGAGCUGGCCAAGAAGACAAAGUUCCACCUGUGCCGCCAUGUCUUGGUGACCAUCAUACUCUUGAUCAUUAUCAACCUGUUGGUGAUCUUCAUCCCCUCCAUGAAGGAUAUUUUUGGAGUCGUAGGAGUCACGUCUGCUAAUAUGCUCAUUUUCAUUCUUCCUUCGUCUCUUUAUUUAAAAAUCACGAACCAGGACGGAGAUAAAGGCACUCAAAGAAUUUGGGCGGCCCUUUUCUUGGGCCUAGGGGUGUUGUUCUCCUUGAUCAGCAUCCCUCUGGUCAUCUACGACUGGGCUUGCUCCUCCAGCACCGACGAAGGCCACUGAAGCCAGCAGCCACACCCAGCAUCCGCCCACACCCAUCCAGCCCCCUUCAGCAGCCCUCCGCCACUUCUUUUGCAAGUUUACAGAAACAGAAACGCACAGGGUUCCUCUCGGGUUGCCACACAGAGACUCACUGCUUCUAGAAGGACCCACGUCCUCUCGGGACCUACACUUUGGGACCGUGGAUUUCUGCUUCUCCAGAUUUCGUGCCGCCAUCUUGUCCAGCCCUUCCCACAGUUCUCCUCCCGUCUCCUCACUGUUGUGGCUUCUCUCUCUCUCCCUCUCAGAACUUUGGAAACACGAUCAACAGUUGUCUUCACUUGUUAGAUACCCAGCUCCUGAAAUCGUUUUCUUAACUGACGCUCCGCUCACGCUGUCUGUAUCUUUUUAGAAGAAGAGAAAAUAAUCUUGAAUUGUAUAUAUUUAUUUUGCUUUACAGAAAAAAAAAUAAGGUUUCAGAAAAAAAAAGGUUUCAUAAAUAAUUUGCCUAUUUUGGUUAACAUAGCACACAGGGAUAAUCCUUUUGAGAGACAGGUUGCGUGCCAUGGCUGCAUCUGAGCAUGCCCAAUAUUUGAGGCAGCUCUGAUCACCCGACAUGGACUGUCCGAGGGCUGCUGGUACUCCAUCCUGCUCCCACGGGGAGCGAUUCCCUGGGAGGCUUGGGCACGGCGCCUCUGUAUAUAUAUUAAUUAUAUAUUAAAACACACACUCCGGAGAUCUCAGGAAUGAUGGUUUGUUUCCCCCUUGGCAUCUGGCGUCACAGUUACUCUAGGCUGAGUCACCUGCCUGAGGUCCCUUGGUCCCCAUGAUGACAAAUGAGACUGCCCAAAUGCCUAAGGACGUACUCCUUAGCCAGACCACCUUCAGCCCACCACCCGUAUUGUUGAAGGGGGAAAUGAUUUGUUAGUUUAUAAGCCCGGCAGCAUCGAGUCAUGUCCACCAGCUUUCUGCAACAGAGAUGAACAUGUACCUAAGGACGGCCUGGGAUAGGUCAGCCUGUUUUAUACUGGGUACCUUACUUUAAUGGAGUCUUUGAAAGACUUGUUUUAUAUCUAUAAAUCUAGGUUACUACAAAUAGGAGAUUUUGUACCUUAAAUAAGCCUCAUUUCUAGUCUCCAUCAACUCUCCAUCCAGUCCUGAAAGUAAGUCUCUUCCGAGAGAGGACCGCUGAAGUCACUGUGUGUCCCCGCUUGCCUCAGCUGGGGACGGCAGGAGAGCCCUUCCUGUCUGUGAUUUUCCCCCCUUUUGUCUCAUUAUGCCUGUCCCAUGUGACCCAGGCAAGAGGGCAGAGUUGCCAAUCCUCUCGCUAGUCCCUCCUAAGGGGAGCAGAGGGGAAACUUCAUGGAGACUGAAAACUGUUUCAGAGAUGGCAGCUCAGCAUGCCAUAAUGAUGGGGAUACCUGUGGCUGCCCAUAGCUAAACUACAGUAGGUGAGGCGCACACACGGUGACCGCUCUCUGCAAACGGCUUGAAUUGCAGCCAGUUGUAUCCUGGUUGAAAAUCUCAGAUCCAAAUACGCACUGAGCAGAGAUUUCUCAUCUGGGGGUGAGUAGAAGCUAACAGAGGAGGCCCAGACACUUAGCGAUAGACGCUAUUCCUCCUGUCUGACAUCCCCCAGAGGUUUUCCAGGAAUCUCACGAGAGUCACGCAGAGAUGUCCCUUACCACACUGAAGUCCCGCAGACAGGGUUAGGCAUCAGAGUGCCUGCCACCAUGCUCCUGGGGAAGAAAGAAAAUCUGUUUUCUGCAUUGCUUCAUUUGUUCUCGUACUGCUCCAGAGUUCUGUCCUCCUCGAGUUCAGGCAGCUGACCACAGGUCCUAGACAGGAAAAAGGGUAAAACCCACAGCCGCCUCUACCCUUUGCCCUAACGCUUCCCAUAUCACGGGAAAUGACAACCUUUGUAGCUCUGUUUGCACUGUUUAAAAAAAAUACAUCAGUUUAGUUUGCAAGCUGCACCCCCCCCUUGCUGGUGUCCCCCUUAUCCUGUAACCGUUCAGUUUUACAUUUACAAAGUGAAUCCAAAAACGCACUAACUCUGGGAUAUGUUGCGAUUUUUGUUUGUUUGUCUGUUUGGACCUCUGGAUUUUGUGUUGGUAAAACUAAUGUAUUAUUUGCUGCAUAUUUAUUUGCAGGAAGCACGUUGUUGUUGAUCUCUGUGAUGUGUGGGUUUCUUUUUUUUUUUUAAACCCUCUUUGUGUACCUGAGUUUGUUUGAAUAUAAGGGAUCUUACUGUCAUUUGUUAGGGACCACCGAGUAAUUCCAUAGUUUCUGUGGUAUUCACUGUAGAGUGGACUGUUCUCGCUCUCGUUCAGAAUAACUGGCAGCCAAAACAUUACCUGUAUCACCGAUGCGAAGUAGCACUCAACAGCACAGUCAAAUGUAACAAAUUAGUAGACUCAAGCGUAGCAGGCCUUCGCCGAGGGAAACCGAGUUUUCUUUCCUUCAGCACACAGGCUCUCCACACUGUUGACCCAGGGCCAGCUUCAUCCUUUGGGUUUAGAACUGGUCUCUGGUUCUUAUGACACAGAAUACUGUAGAUUCAUAGAUUAGUGUUGCUUGUUAGAAGUAGAGUUUGCAGAGCGUGUGCGGGUAGGAAAACCUACUCUUUUAGGCCUGGACUAGACCUGGUCACAGGGAGCCCAUAUUCCAAAGCUCUGUAACCCGGAAUGGAUUUUUCUUCGUUGGAUUAGAUGUGGGGGUUAGGCCCCCAGGCAGCUGGAAAAGAAUGUGGGGUGUAAUGGAGUUGACAGGACUGCGGAAGAGCCAAGUUCCCAGAUAGACUGGAGGUGGGGUGUGUUGGAAUCACUAGGAAUACCCCCACUGCCUGUUGUGGAAUCCGGACUGUUCAUCUCUGCCACGGGUCACCUGCUGGGUAGUGGGGUCGGGGCUCCACCACAGUGGCCUGUAGCACAGCCCCCCCCAAGAUUAGAGGGGCUAAGUUCAAAACCCUGAGUGUAGGUGGUGGUCAAAGAAGAGGGGUUCUUAGGGUUCCCCUCCUUGCCUGCAGUUUUAACUUUAUAGCUCUCCCAGGUACCAGCUUUGGGGCCAGCACAUGGCACUCUCAUUGUCUCCCGUGCUGGUAACCAUGGCUUCACUGCUUGGUGAUCAGGUGAAAAAGUACAAAGGCUCUCCCUCCUUCCUGAGUACUUACGGACCCUGCUGAGGGACAUAAAGGCGUCACAGGGUGGGUUGCAGAGGACUAAGGUCUGUGGUGGGAUGCCUCACUAUAACAAUAAUUAUGCCAAGAAUUCAAGCCCUCAAGCUGGUGCUUCUCGAACUGUGCACCCUCAAGGCAGCAGCAUGAACCUCAUCUACAGACUUAACCAGCAAAUUGUCAGCCCCAACCAGACUCAGUGGAUAAAUCAAGCUGUCCUCGGCAAGUCUCAGGUCCAGCCUCCAGGUGAGACCGGUGAUUUCAAGCUUGGGUACCACUCUUAAGCUUUCUCCCAUCAGCCCAACCUCGGAAGGUGAUUGGUUCCCGGGGUGAGGAAUGAGAGCCCAGUAUAGGGUAGGAAAGGACCCUAGCCAGUGUGUGCAGGUUCAGGAAAGGGAGGGCGUCGUGUGCAGUCCCUACUACCUAUGUUCUUUCCUGCUGCAAAUGCACUGCAGGGGUGUGAGUGGAUCUUGGGGGUGCUCGCACUUUAGGGAACCCAGCCCGAGGCACUAGUCUUAUUUUCUUGCAGCUGUGAAGAUUCCAAUUGAGGCUUUCAGAAAAUGUAGGUAAAUUUUUUAAAAUGCCUUUUGUAAAUGCAGUCCUAAGGGCACUGCUGAGUUUUCAGGGGACCAUGUCGAUGGUGGGGUAGAGUUCAGUCCCGGCGCUGCAAAAUAGAAAAUAUUGAUACUCAGUGUGUUCUAGUCCCAGGUCUGCACUGCUGAGGGAGCUGCGAGGGGAGCCGAGCCUGGUCUGUCUUGGGAGCACAGUGUGAGGCGACAUCGUUAGUUAGACUAGGGCAGAGGUGUGAUCGUCUGUGUGGUUUAUACUUGAGAGCAGAGCCUCCGUUAGUCGGAUUAGAACGGGCGAGGCUUUGAGAAUGGUACUGCCUAUUCAAGGGAGCAUCCGGGUACUCAUAGUUUGCAAUGUUACAAUGUUUCUCUCUCAGGACCGCAGGUCUGAGACUCCUUCUGAAACAGUAGUCCUCUAAAACGCAGUGAAUUGCUGGUAAUACUAAAAGACUUGGGGGUUCAGGUGGGGUUGUGGUUAAUGACUGAAAGCAAUGCUAAGUCUGAAGGGGUGGGUCCGUGGGGAACAAAGCUGCUUUUCAAGGGACGCAGGUGUUUUAAGACAUUCCCGAGGAAGAACCACAAAGCGCUGGGCCUAUUUGUACACAGACUUGAAGAAUCUAUGCAGCAGAGGCUCACUUUAGGAAUCCUUCCUUUGUAUGUAAAUAUGUUGUAAAUACAUAGGAGGCUGUAUAUUUUUGCAGGUGUUGAUCCACACAGAAAUAGAGGUCGCUAGUAUUCUGCAUAUAAGAAAUCCAUAUUCUCAGAUAUGUUAGUGGAUUUGUUUGGGAGGGAGAAGUAUUUUACCCUCUUUCCCAUAGUUCUGUCAAUGUAAAUCUGGAGUCUAAAACCUUAAUUGUUUGGGGGGAAAUAAAAAGAACUGUCUGGGGAAAAUCUACUCUGAUUCCUUAUGCUGGUACGACUAUCUGUUGUCUAAAUGCUAUAGAUAAAAAUGAUUUAGGGGGAAAAAUCAUUGUCAUAUAGAAACAGACAUGCCCAAAAUAAGAAUUUUUCUCUGCAUUAUGUUUUUUCACAGUUAACGUUGAUGCUAUUGCAUAGAGUUUGUGAAAACCAAAGUUAGGGAGGGUUUGGUUUUGUUUUGUUUUUCCAAAAUGGAAUUGCUGUUUCCCAAACUUUGGGAUCCUUGAGGGGAGAGCUGAACAUUAAUAUGAGCACGUAUUUGAAGGAGAACAUGUGUUAUUUUUAAGCUUUUGAAGGUCUUGCAUGUCUGCCUUUUAGUGUUGAUGCCAACCUAGACUGUCUCGUCUGUUUCCCCCCUCCCCCACACACUUGAAUCAUACUCGUCGGUACGCAGUGCAGUCUCUAGAGUUCAGUGUGUCUUAGAUCCCCAUCUGACUCAGUACAUGUAGCACACCACUAUUUUACUAAUGUAAAAGCCUUGUAAGUGAUUUCGGGUGGGCAUCCAAAGUGAACCACAGGUAACAAAACCUGCCUGUUCACUGUUCAUCACAUAAAGUUGGGUAUUUUUUUUCCUUUGGGGUGUGGUAUAAAUAAAAAAAAAUGUAAGAAGUUAUGUUCUAUAAAUGCAGUGUUAACAUAGUUUUCAAACAUUAAAAUGUGAAUUAAA